GCGCAGUUAAGCACACUGAAAAACACCCCGGUGCUUUAUUCUGCAAAGCUAAGGCCAACACUUCCUCUCUUUCAAGGCCAUGAGGAAAUUCCCCUGGACUUCUAUGGAAGUAGGAUGUGCCAUCCCAUCCCUGCCAGCUCUCCCUCUGCCUGGCAGCGGUUUUCCCAGGAACAGCCAUCUGCUGCAUGUAACGAAAUAGUCUCUCUUAAAAGUCAACCUGUUCUGUAAGCAGACUCUCUACACUAAGGUCACACAACACUGAAGCUCCCAGCCAGCUUCUGAGCUCUGAGACAACGUGCACCACUUUAACGUCUUUUGUCUUAUAGCACGGAUGAAACCGCAGGCCUGGCCUGCUUGUAGAGCUUAAAGGAAGAGCACUUGGGUGCACAAAGCAGGGUCUACACUUUGAACAGGACCUGGACACAGUUUGACAGCAGAAUGUCCUGCUCUGCAGCUUGGCUUGAGCUGGAAUCACAUACAGACCUCAAGACUUCCCUGGAGUUGGCUGGUGACCUAAAUGACCAUGUGGGGGACUUGAGGGUAAAAUGAGCAGAAAGAGGAACAUUUUGCACAACACAAGAGUUACCCCAUUAGGGUGACCCCAUGUUGAUCCCACAGAUUCUGACUCCUCAGAAAUCAGAGGUGAAAAGCUCAGGAAAGCUGAAGUGUUGUCCCUCUUGAGAAACCCCACUGGCUUUCCUAACAUGGAAGACAAGAUGGAUGUAAGAGAUGUAUUUAAACCCCAGGAAGACAGUUCCUGCCUAAGGGGUUUGUCAGAGAAUGAGGAUGGUCUCACUCAUUUUAUGGCCAGGGUCACUGCUGGAGAAGCAGAGGAAUGCAGCAGCAGGGAGGUGGGUUCCUGCCCUGCAAAUGUGAUCACUUCUUACACAGACAACUGCUGCUGUCACAGGGAGGACUCUGUGUCUGCUCAGUCUCUGGCUGAUGUCCACGCGGGUGAUACCCCCUCUACACCUCUCCCCACUGAUACCCCCAUCUGUGAGCAGGCAGAUGCUCCUCCCACAGGAGACCACAGGUACUGUGCCAAAGAUGGCUCUGACAACCCUGCCACUGUUGGGGGGGGUUGUCCAGAGCAGAUUCCAAGCGUAUGUGAUGACUUUGAUGACGACCUGGAAUAUUUUGAAUGUUCAGACGUGCUGACAGUGCAGGAGGAUGAAAUCUGGAAAAAGAAACUACAAUUCUUAUUAGAAAGUGAUGAUGAAGAUGACUUAAAGCUGAGCAAGGAUUGUGAUGGGUGUGCUUACUUCCUCGGUGAAAUGCCUUGCCUGAUUCAAGUGUCAGAUGACACUACGCCUAUGGAUACCACCAUUGGCUUCUGUGGUCAUCACUCAAAACUCAAAGGAGUAAAUGUAAGGAGAGACCCCUCUACGUCCAGCCAGUCAACUCUGCAGCCAGAGAUGACUCUCACUGUUGGGCACCACCGGGACAGCAGUUCCAGCCUGCAGGACAAAGAGAAAAGUAAUGUGCCUGAAGCAUCCGCAGCCAUUGGAAAUGACCAUCCCAGGGCUGAAGAAGGAAAUAAUGGAAGUAGCCCCUCAGCUGCAGGAUUCCCAAGGGACACAUCAAAGCACAAGGAUAAUGUACCUGCUGAGACAGACUCUGCUGGUGGCAGAGGUGCUGCUCUGACAAAGCAGGCUCCAGACACCACGAUGGCAGAAAGCACGGACAAGGACUUGCUGGGGGCAAGCUCCUUGCUGCUGGAGGAGGAGGGAGGAGCCGUGCCAGAAGAAAACCCCAGGCGUGCUGUGUGCACCUUGACAGAGAGUCUGCGGAUAAACCUCUUCAAGUUCCUGAACCCCAAAGAGCUCUGCAGAUACGUAACUGCUAUAGGACAGUCUCUGCAGGCUGCAGCGGAGGUCAGGGAAUCCAGUGCUCUGGGUCAAGAAGGUGUCACUGCACCAGGGAGACCUGGGGAGGCAGAAAGCUCCCAGAUGCAGCCUGGUGUGUGUCCUGCAGAAGAGGGGGAAAGGAAAAGGACUUGGGGCCUGUCUGAGCACAACCAAAUGCCAGCUGAAACCGACCCACCCAGGAGUCAAGGUGCUGAUGUUCAGAUCUCUGCUCAGACCUGUGAAAGGCUGUGCAUGGAGCCCCAGAUGGAAAAGGAAGGCAUCUUUGGGACUCGUGAGAGUGCAGGAGCCAUCCAACCAGCUCCAGAAGUUCUCUGCACUGCAAGGACAUCACAAGCAAAGAGUGACAGUGUACAGACUGACUCUCAACACCAUGCUCACAGUGAGAAGGGAGGAAGUUGUCACCACCAAGUCUUCUGUGAGCAAGGAAUGAAUGUUGUUAGUGGUGGUGUUUCACCUUUCCCUCCACAGGACACGGGCUCUGCUCCUGACAAACAAGAAUGUUUGUGUGCUGUUCUCUCUUCUGCAAAGCUCUGUGAUGAGCCAAGGAAGGGAGGGCAACAGUGCAGCUUUGACUCACAUGGUAGCAAUGACACAGAUACUUUUUGCAGUCUCUCCUCUGAUGAAUCUGUGCUUGAAGCUCAGACCAAGUCAGGCCUGGAAUGUGGAGAACCUGCGUGCAGAGGAGAUGCUGAUGUAUCUACAGUGCAUGACAAGCUGUGGCAGCUUCUUCAUGAAGAUGAGGAGUUGGACUGUCAAAUCCCAUGUGAAACCAGGGGCAUCACAAGUUUAGAAAUCAGGCUGGCAGGUACCAAAGUCCCAGAAUUGCGCUGUGCACAGAAGAUCUCUUCUGAUCCUCCUUUGCCAGAGGAGCAGGAACUUGUUACACAGCCAGAUAGUAGACAAAGAACAGAGGAAGGUGUCUGCACCGACUCUAAUAUCCUACUUAAAGCAGAUGGAGAGUCCAUAGGAAACACUUGUCUUGCAAAAGUGGUAGAAGCAGAUGGUGUGUGUCUAGAUUCUAACACUGGAAAUAAACCAGAAGCAGCACCAUCCAUUUGUGUUACAGCAAAUAGCAUCAUCUUAAAUCCAGGGGAGUGCUUGGAGCAGGAGCCAAAUCCCAUGUUACCUAACAGCAGCGGAUCCAUUCAGAUGGCUGUUGGUGGGGAAGGAGAGCUUCCCAUUAGUCAUGCUUCCCAAGCAUGUGAUACAGGUUCUCCUGGAAGAUUAAAGGGUGCUCAGAGUGGCGAUCGUGACAAAGAAACUCCAGAUAAGUCACACGGGACAGUUGGUCAGUUACUUCCCACUGAGCACAACAUAGCCUUGAUGGAUGAGACUGGAACUGGUGAAAGGUGUAAUUUUAGAGACUGUUACCCAGCAAGGGAAGAGCUGCCUGAUUUCCCUGAGGAUAAAGCCUUUUUCCCCAGUGGAAACCCCAACCAGCUGCCACCUGAGGAACCCUCUUCUGUCAACACCUUACCUGAAAGUUAUGGAGUGGGUUCACCAGAGAAAGGAAACCACUCAGCCCUGAAUGCCCAGAGCAACACUGAUCCUGACAGUGAUCUCCCUUCAGGGAAUGACUGUCACGAUUCCCAAGUUAUUUCUAAUGCACAGGAAAAUGUUACUGUAAUUGAGACUCCUGAAAGCAUCACACAUAAGAAUCCACCCCAAACCGCAGACCAACUGCCAGAAGUAGAAACCCAAGGAGUGGCAUUCACCCCCUCUCCUGGGGAUGCGGUUUUAAGGGAUUUGAGCUUAGAAUUGUGUAAAGCAGGAGGAGAACAGAGGCAGAUUGGCAGGGCUGGAGCUCCCUGUGCCUCAGGAGCUGGGCAUGCCUCAAGGAGCCAGGCUGCAGCUGCCCCUCGCAGUACAGCAGAACAUCUGGGCUUUGGUAACAGCCCCUUCAAGUCUGAUGGAGAAUUAAAAGCUGAGCCCGUCAAGUGGAAACACAGCACAGCAAAGAGUGGGCACGUAGCUGCUGGGGCUAAGAAGAAGUUACCUCCAGCGUCACUGUCCAAAAAGCCCCGUCUGGAGGAGAGAGGAGAUGCCUGCAGCAAUCCUGCCCUUGCCACAAAGCCUGUGAGGAAUGAGGCAGGAGUGAGUCAGAGGGAAGAUAGAAACGAGCAAAGGAAACUCACUGUGAAGAAGGAGAGCAAAGCUCCCAAGCUGCUGAAGGGAAUCCAGGCAGAACUCUUCCCUGACUGCUCUGGGAAUAUUAAGCUGUGCUGUCAGUUUGGUGACAUUCACAGUGACUCCACUAUUACCUGGACUAAAGAUUCCAAGUUACUGGCUCGGCUGCAGAGGAGUGCCCAGGAUGACUCUCCUGUCUCAUUGGCAAUAGCUAAAGCCAGUAACAAAGACCAGGGAAUGUAUUACUGCUGCUUGAACAAUAUGUAUGGGAAGGUGACUGCUGAGUUUAAUCUGACUUCAGAAGUAUUGGAACAUCUCUCAAGUUUCCAGAGCUGUGAAGGUAUGGAGGAAAUUGAGUUCAUGCAGCUCAUGUUCAGAGAGGAUUUCAUCAGUGACAGCUAUUUUGGAGGGAACCUGCGUGGAGUGAUAGCCACAGAAGAGCUUCACUUUGGAGAAGGCAUGCACAGGAAAGCCUUCCGAAGCAGAGUGAUGCAGGGGCUUGUGCCAGUGUUCAGCCCUGGGCACCCCUGUGUGCUCAAAGUGCACAAUGCCAUCACCUAUGGGACCAAGAGUCAGGAUGAUCUGGUGGAAAAGAACUACAACCUUGCACUGCAGGAGUGCUAUGUCCAGAAUACUGCAAGAGAAUAUGCAAAGAUCUAUGCAGCUGAAGCUGAACCCUUGGAAGGCUUUGGAGAAGUACCAGAGAUCAUUCCUAUUUUCCUUGUCCAUCGCCCUGCCAACAACAUCCCCUACGCGACAGUGGAGGAGGAGCUGGUUGGGGAGUUUGUGAAGUACUCCGUCAGGGAUGGCAAGGAAGUGAACUUCCUGAGGAGGGACUCCGAGGCUGGCCAGAAGUGCUGCACCUUCCAGCACUGGGUCUAUGAGAAGACCAAUGGGAGCUUGCUUGUCACUGACCUGCAAGGUGUAGGAAUGAAGUUAACCGACGUUGGCAUAGCAACACUGGCCAAAGGAGUCCUGUUUCUGACACCUGCCUCAGAAACCAGGCUCCCUUGGCUUCAACAACUGACUGAACCACCAGUACCCAUCAUCCAAGGCUUCAGUUUCCCAGAUGGUCAGACCUGCAAACCCACCACAUGUCCAGCUCCUGAUGAAGUGAAGGUCUUAGUAAGAGCUAGUUGUACAUCACUGAGAGAGCAUUAGCAGAGAGGGAAGGGCACUGAAGGUUAAAGCCAAAACCUUGCGUUGGUAAGGUUGAGAUAUGACAGAAACCAGAUCCAGAGCAGUGUAUUUGUCAUGAUGUGUCUUGGGUUUAUGUUGUAUUGCACUUCAGUCUGUCAGGGUAAUGAAACACGCACAGCAAAUGGCAGAAAGGAAAUUGAGGGGAAAAAAGGCAGAUGCAUUUGAGCAAGAAGAAAUUGAAUUUGAACAGGGCUCUCAAUCAAAAGCUGGGCAAAUAAUCAGUGGAAUCAUGAAGAGAUGAUUUAUCUUUGGGAUCCUUGUGUUGGAGAUGCUGGAAACAGGAGCAGUUCCUGUUGGGUUGCCAUAGCAAACCCCCGGUGCCUUUCUCCUGAUGGUAUUAUGUAGAAGUGUCAGUGACUGGGGUUUAUGUGGAGUCAACCCUGGAAUGAAAGGAAAGCAGGAAAUUCAGCCUCCCAUUCAGCUGGAUUUAAAGUCCUCAAGAUUGCUGAAGCAAAGGGGUUGGGCAGGUUUUUGAAGGCAUUUCAGCCUUUUGUGAUGGCCAGUAGGUUUUUGGUGCCCAAAUACUCAUUGAGUAUAGCUAGAACUGUCAUUCUCAUGUGCACAAGUGCUCUGCUGUGCUGUCCCUAAAUCAUGUCCUAAUAUACGUCAUGGAUUUGGCGUCAUUAACAUCUACAAGCUGGAAGGUCUGUCUGUGCUGGCGUUGUGUGAAGUGGAUGAAGUAUAGUCAAAAGCAGGGCACAAAGAGGGAAUGUUCCAGUGUCAGUGGGUGCCUGAUCCUGGCUUGGGCACUCCUGUGUUCUUUCUAGUCUAUUUUUUUUUCCCUAGCUACAGCCUGGAAUCCCUUUUGCACCGGAAUUCCAACCACAAUUUCCCACGGCACUGGAUGCUAUUUAUUUUUAACUAGAUAUAAAUUGUUUGGCUAUUCAUGUGCAACAAACCAGAAGGCAUCACCUCUGUACAGGUCCCUGAGCUGCACAUCACUUGGGUUUUCAAGUGCAUUUGCUGUAAGCACUACUAUUUGCUUCUCCUUAAGCUGCUUUGGCAGCAUCUGCAAAUCAGGUAUUUGUCCAGCUGGACCUUCAGCUGGGAUGGUUGCUGUGAUUAAUGACAGCCAGAAAAGGAAUCCAUUGGGAUAGUGUAGGACUUUUCCCUUGUCGGGAUAUGAAGCAACCAGGUUCCAGGGCUGGAAUUAGAAACGAAACCUCUAUUCAUUACUUCCUGCAGCGUCUCCUGUGGGUGGCUAUGGAGUAGUGUGGCUGUGUAGGUAUUGAUCUGGGAUUUGAACAUGCUGGUAUGGGGGUUGGUUGCUUGUUUCUCAAGGGCAACAAACCCUUACUAGCCACAUGCAAAUGGCACACAGUAAGGAUGUGUAUGUCAAGGUGGGUUUUGAUUGCAGUCUUUUGUUGUAAAGAGAGCUGGUUAAUCUGAUGUUUCAGCAUCACCCGGAGCUUGCUCCCUUAUAGCCCGAAGAUGUUUGCUCAUGUCAGUCAGCAACACAGCUGAGUUACUCCAGCACAAUAGUAGCUGCUAGAGUCAAGUAAUCAGAGUCAUUUAGGGGGCUGGUGUCUCUAAGAAGCUAUGUGGCAGCAUUAGUGAGCUCUCGUAACUUGAUUAAUAGCAGGUAUUCCCAUCUAUUGGGAAGCUGAACAGGAUUUUGGAUGGUGUUUCUGGGUCAUAGCAAGAGAUUCCUUUAUUCUCAGUUGCCUUGGCAGCCCUUGUUCCUCUUCUCCCCUGGGCUCCUGGACACUUGCUGAAGCAGAUGG